AUGGGGUCAGCAACAUUCCUCGAGCCGUUGAUGGUCCUCGUCCUCCUUUUCGGAGGGACUUGGAUCAACCGCUAUACCGAUCGUCCUGGCUCUCUGUCCUGCGAGGCCAGCUGGCGAAAUGAGCAUUACCGUGACAGUUCAGAUUCUCUAGAAUCGGGCUUGGCGAGUCUUACGGACAAGGACGAAUUGCUGGAGCAUCGAUCGGAGUCGCCGUCCUUGCUGGUGCAACAGGAGCCAUGGCGGAAACGCCAGCUGGGUAUCUGGUCGUGGAAAAUGGAGGUGUACUCGCCGAACACGGCUGUGUUUCGACAUCGACUACUCAGCCGUUGGUUGCAUCGGUUUCCUUUCCUAGUCGAAUGCUGGUAUUGGGCGUUAGUAUACUGGACAUACCAGCUCGGACGAGCGUUCACUGCGGUCACUCUCAAGGAGGACACGGUAGAAGUUGCGCGGAGACAUGCUCUUCAGCUGAUCAGGAUCGAGCGGACAUUGGGGUUCUUCUGUGAACUUGAGAUACAGCAUUUCUUCAUGCGCCAUCCGCAGCUGAUGGCUUGGACCAACUGGGUCUACUCCUUCAUCCAUAUCCCCGGCACGAUUGCCUUCUUGGUAUGGCUGUAUUACUACACCACGACACGGAAUCGACUAGACGACCCCUUGGAUCACCGAUUGAACGCGUCUCUGGCACGUCCGUCCCUUUAUGCAGCUCGCCGGCGAACCAUGGCUGUUUGCAAUCUGCUCUCAUUUGUUGUCUUUACGGUCUGGCCUUGCAUGCCACCUCGCCUUCUGAGCGACCAGAACGUCAUGGAUGUGAUCGGCGAUCUGCCCGGAGGCUAUGGCUUUGUCGAUACCGUGCACGGCGUCUCCGGAGCCGUCAGUGUCUGGACGAGGAACCGGUUUUGCAAUCAAUAUGCCGCCAUGCCGUCGCUGCAUUUUGGCUACUCGUUGAUGAUCGGGCUCACCAUCGUGACGAUUCCCCUUCCUCCCAAACAUGGCCAAUCCAUAUCGAACCGAGUUUCUAUCUCCCCCCGCUUGAGUCUCAGGUUUCCCCUCCCUUCGUGGCGCCGUCUUGUCUGCGUUGUCAUCGGCCUUGCUUACCCCCUGGUGAUUCUGGCUGCUAUCAUCGCGACUGCCAACCACUUUAUCCUGGAUGCGGUCGCAGGGGCCAUCGUCUGCUUCUUGGGCUGGUGGGGAAACGGCGUGCUGUUGAACCUGCUGCCCCUCGAGGACUGCUUCCUCUGGGCAUGCCGUAUUCACAAGCCUGAACGGCCGAUUGUGGACGUCUAUGAGCCCGUGGAGGACCCGGAUGGCAAGGACAUGCCCAUCCGAUGA